AUGGCACAUGAACUUCCGAAAAAUGCGAUUCUAAGGCUGUUAGAACGCCUGUAUCAAACUGAUAGCAAAUCGCACAUACAUUUUACAGCAACAGACCUCCUCGAUGCAUGGGAUUUCUUCGAUAUUGACAGUAAGUGAAAUCUAUAGCUGAUACUUUGCUAAUAUACCACGUCUAUUGGCACACUUCUCCUUUCAAAGUCAAGAAAAUCUAAUGAAUAUUCUGCGUAUUUCCCUGAAAUUUUUUUCAGUCGCAUUAUUACCACAGUCGAAACUUAAAAGACUAUGAAAUUGAUUAAAAUGCCCUGGAAAAGUUAAUGCCUAUGCAAUUAUUGUGUAUUAAUUUUCAACGUCCUCGUUCAUUUGAAGCCCUUCAGGAUAAAGCGACUUUCGACAUUUUGCGAGCCCAUACAAAACAUGCGUUUAGUCUCAGUGUAAAAUCUCAUUUUAAAUGAAACACCACAAUUAAUUUUUUAAACUGAGUAAAUAUUUAAGUAUUAGAUACUUAACUAUUAAGUAACAAUGUUUUAUUUAAUAAACACGACAAACUGGACGUUUUGGACAAAUGUCAAAAAUGGUAGACUAUUUCAUGCGUGCGCAGUCCAUAAUAAACACCUCCACCUUUCGCGCAGGUUUCUCUUUGUCGUAGUAAAAACUAGUAGGGAAUUAAUUAUGCAUGAACAACUUUUUGCGGCCCAGUCGAGUGCAGAGGACGAAUAUUAUGUUAGUCUUAUUGGGCAAAUAUUUCACAAAAAUCUAACCGAAAUGGCAGAGGCAUUUCAGUGCAGUCAGAAAAAACAAGGAUAAAAGGGAAGAUGUGGUACCUCAGCUGAGGUCGACUGGAGGCUAUAGUUACCAAGCAUAUAAAAAAUCUUGGCAAGAAGAGUGGGUUUCUUUAAGUUAAUCGUGCUUUAUUCAAAAUGCAUAAACUGCCAGGAAAAGGCGUUUGUAAGGAAAACAACGGGCUCAUAUGUGAGGCAAAUCCCGAGUUAAGUAUUCAAACAGUAAACGUUUAACUUUUGUGAAGUCUAAACAAUUGUGAAUCCCUUCAAUCUGCCGUCCAUAUCAAAAGGGGUAUUCGUAAAUGUUUAAGUCCGUCCACAAUUACAUUUCAGCGAUUAAGUUAGUAAGAGCAAGAACUCACCUUUCUGAAAUUGCUUUUGCGUAAAACGUCUUCGGCAGACCAUUAGUUGAUUUUCUCCAGAUGUACAUAUAUUUCAUUUUUGAGGCAACACUCACCUAAAAGCGUCAUCGGAAUUAGUGAAAUUUACACGGUUAUCUACUAUUCACUAAUUGGCAAGUCCUCAGUCAGAGAAUGUUUUUAUUUGAAAUGCUAGAAAUAACAUUUUAAAUGGCCAUCCAGAACAGCCACUUAAUAUUAGUUAGUUUGUUUAUCUUAUGAACAUUUGGUAUGUAAUCGCACUAAAGAAGACGCGCUUCGUCCAGAGAGCAAUAGUAUCCCAAAACAUGUCGCCAUACAUUCAAGUUGAAUUCAUAAAACUGCCAGAAUUCGAUUCAAGCCAUCAUAUCUUAGUACUCCGAGUAACAGUCGGCAAUCUUUAUGGCCAGUCAGUUUUAAUGUCCAGAUGUAUAACGAGUCGUUCUUGUUAUAAAAAUCGACCAUUUUUAAAAGGAUGCUAUCAAGGAGGUCUGAAAUGCAUUUCCUUUUUAGAGCAUAAAUUAACUACAUUACUUUUUGCAUUCUUAGCUCGUACUUGUAAGUACAUUUUUGAGAUUAAUAUGCUUAAUACUUAUUAUAAAAAGACCUAAUUACUUGCAAAGUUCUGGAUGGGCCCUUUUAACUCUUCUGAAACUGUGUAAACCAAAGUCUGUGGACGCGGCUAUUCAGUGAGUCUAUCACAGUUUUUCAUCAGAUUUUUGCAAAUAUUUUCCACUUUCUUAUGGCGGAUUUUAAUGCAGGCCCAGUCAAAGGUUAUUUAUAGUUGUAAAUUACGUGUGUAAAGUGUUAAACGAAGUUUCUUUACGUCUUAUGAUCUAUGGACCAUAUUAAACUAAUUGGUUAUGAUGUUUAGGUGAUAGAGUAUUACUCUGUUUUAAACUUAAGUUAAAAUUAACUAAGAGGAGGUACCCGUUUUUAUCGCUUGCAUGUUACAACAAUUUUACAUUUGAAUUUACUCAUUUACUUGGCUUAGCAUACCUUAAGUUACUUUAUUCUUACUUAUAAUAGAGAUGCCCGGUUGAAUAAAACAGAGAAUAUUAAGGCAAAACUUAUGUUGGAAACCCGAUAAAAACCCUACGUAGAUAGCUAUUAGCCCAAGAUCGGAGAGCGGUUUGUAUUUUCCAGAAAAUAUUGGCUCAAUUCAGAUCUUUGGAUUUGUUUUUUUCUGUUAUGAAUGACUGUUGUUUUAAGCAAUAUAGCCUAUUUAAAUGUUUCACUACUGUGAUUUUAAAUUGGUGGUCAUGCUGAUUCAAAAACGUUUUCUGCCUGAUAUGUUUCUCCCAUUUGCUCUAAAAAUACAAAAUAAAUAUGCCAGUUCAACUAAGACUUCCAGCCUUCAACUAUUGCUAAAGCCAACUGUGGUCGAAUGUUAACGAGAAAAUGCUGCCCUAAAAUGCAAUUAAAUUUGUUUUUGGAGUAGUAUCCUUAGAAAUCGGUGUAAUGACCCACUUUUAUGUAAAGAGCCAAAAUUAAUGAAGGUAUUUCUGAGUUUUUUUUCAUCCCUUUAUUCCGUUGGACAUGGGAGCGAUUAUUCUUAAUAUAAGAUGUAGUCUUGCGCUCAUUCCCGGGGCUAAAUUUUUGCAUAUCCCUGCCCUAAUAUCCUGAAACUUAGCUUGACGUCAACUGUGGUACGACGAAUACUAUUUUUUACAUUCUUCAGGCCUUACACCUGUCAACAUUAGUUUAAAAUCAAAAAGAUUACUUACGCGUAUAUAACAUCCAAAUCAGGAGACGCUAUUAUAUUUAGAUCUUUGUCAAACCAAUUUGCAAGAGGUAUUGCAAUAAGGGUUUUUAUGAGAAAUUCAAAAAUAGCAGGUGUAUGGGUGCCGGCAAAACUUUUAUCUUUAACAAUUCCAGCCAUGUAAGCGUCAAUUAUUUUAAGCCAUUUCUCAGAAGGCAGUAAAACGCGGAAAUGUGAUAUGACGUCAGACGGUUCAUGCGGUCUUUUUGUGCAUAUCAAACAUUUUACGAUACCAAGCACAGGUUCUCCUGAUAUGACAAUGCAGUAAAAGUUUCCGUUUGUCCUUUGACGCAUUAAAUUUUCAAGGCACUUUUUACUCUUUUAUACUAACUAUCUAUAUCAGUAACUCAGCCUCUACUAAACUUUAUUUUGUGAUUUGUUCUAGAGGAUGGUGUACUCAUGGGUGAAGAAUACGAGUUAUUUAUUAGAAUUCUUUCUGAAAUUCAGAAGAAUGUUUAUACGGUAAUUUAUUUUUUUUCACUUGUAUACAAUGUUUGUAUGAUACUCAUGAAAACCUUGCAUAUAUGUUACGACUAUCUGUAUAAUACUCUUUGUUUCGCACUGCAGAACAAACCGACCACUUCGAUACCCCAUCUUCUUAUCUCAGCUAUUGCAAUGAAAAAACCUUAUCAAAUUGGCGUGGAUGAGGCAAGAUAACAAUCAUUAUUUUUUGACUUAAAUGUAACUUAUUGACAUAUUUCGGAUAUUUUGUAUAACCUUAUAACUAUGCGCGCAAUACGAAAAUUUCUCAAAUGCAAUUAUGAGGUAUUGCACAGUUCUAAGUGCAGAUUAUGUACUAUUUAGCACCUACAAGUAAUCUGAAAAAAUUCAAAUAUCAUGAUUUUUUAUUUUAAAGCUUUCUCGUCUGCUGUCCGAUGAAGAGCGCUUUCUUUUCCUCUUUCGCCAAACGUCAAACGUGCACUCCAGUUUUGAUUUUAUGAGGGUAAGUUCCCUAAAACCGAUUGUGAAAUAUAGAGAUUUAAGUAAAAUAAGCGUAUUUUCUUUAUUGAUUUUACGAAAUCCUGCAAUAAGUCAUCAAUUACAUAGUGAAUCUAAAAGGGCUUUAAUAGUAUCAAGUCGGCUGGCCGGCAAAACUAACCCUUUUAUACUCUCGAAAAGUGGCUGUUUCCACUGGAAAACUGACCUAGCAGGCUACUGUCUCCGUCAUCUCUAUUCUUAAUUUCAGGUUUGGCGUGAAUUUGAUCACGAUGGCAAUGGGGUUAUUGAUAGCAAAGAGUUGGAGGUAUGCAUUUAUUAUUUUUGGCUAUCAGGAACCAAGGCGUUUCUAGAAAAACUGGUGGUAAAAUCUAACGGCCUUAUGAAUGAGGAGAAAAUAAAGGAGUUUGCAGCAAUCAUUGUAAGCUGUUUGUGGUUUCUUUUCGCUGCACAUUUUUCCAGAAUGCUCUUUACCCUUUGAGUACUUGUCAAAACUGACAUUUUUGCGACACUGUCAAUUUCCUGAAUUUACUAAAUAGUGAUUUUCUAAACCGCAUACUAUUGCCUCGUAACAACUGCGUCACAAAGUUGAUUGCGAUUUCCCACUUGAAAUGUUCAUAAGCUAUAUUUUAACUCAGUACAGCGAUUACUGCGCCAAUUUCUUUGUUUAGGUACUGAUCCUUCUUGUACGAGCGUAAAAAUACUGAUAUAAACAGAUUAAGUUUGUAAAUGCCUGGAAGCAUUUUGUUGCUAUCAUAAGAAUGCUCAAACGCUUGAAACUGUUAAACGUGCUGAAGGGAGGUGAGAGUUACGUGACUUAAAUGCUGGUUUAUGUACUUGAGUGAGUUCUUACUGGAGUGACAGUUAGCUGCCAACAACAGAUGCCAAAUGCUCUUCAAGCUAUCUAGUAACGGAUGCUUUUUAUGUUGCUUUAGAUCCGUUAUUUUGACAGAAAUAAUGAUGGCACUUUGCAGCUAAGCGAAAUGUCUAGGUGAGCCAAAAGUUUCUACAUUUUUACACUUAAAAAUUGUUUUACUACUUCCGAGUGACCUUAUGAAAUUUAAUGCUAUUUUUGUGUUAGUUUCUUCUUUAUUAAGGACAGUUUUUUAAGCAUGUUUUAUAGACUUAAAGAUAUUGCAGUUCGAUUUACUUUUGGUCUUAAAGAGCCAGCAUGUUGUUAAGCACUGAAAAAAUUGAAUAAAAACGUCAUCGAAUGAAGCUUGCAAUCGUAAAUCGAGUUUAUAUUUAUUUAAUGUGCUCACUUUUUAUUCCGGGAAAAUAUAACUUUCCAAUUUCAACUUUCAUGUGUUACAGACUUCUACCUACAAAAAAGAACAUCAUAAGCAAUUGCGCUUUCAAAGUAAGCCUAAAUAUUUACAUCAUUACAGCUACACUAGGAAAUUUCCGAAAAGGAUCUCGACCGUAUUUUUGACUUCUAUGAUCAGGUAAACAUGCAGUAAGCAAUAUUUCUGUAUUUAUCCUAGUCCAGCCUUUUUGAAUAAACCUCUUGUAGAGUUUGCCUUCCAGGAUUUCAUGUAAGGCAACUGUGAACAUUUCGUCUGUGCACAUGAGACCUUAUUAGGAAACUGUUGUUACUUUAAAAAGUGUAUUCAGAGACAUAACCGACAAAGGCAAGGAAGAGUGUAACUGAAAGUUAUUGCUCAAUUGAAGCUUGGCAAGCUGAAAUAGGCAAAUAAAUCGGCAUCCGGCAGUACCGAACCCUUCUACUCCCACCGAUAAUAGUACUUAUCCCUUUAUUAUCUGCAUAUCACCCUUGUGACGCUAAACAAGACGAAAAAGAACACUAAAAUAUCAGUCCUCACCCAGAUUAGAUGAGUGAACGCAACUCCAACCGGACCUCAAACGAACGUUUUCACACUGAAAUGCAAAACAUAGUCAGAACCCGAGUUACUAGUUUGCUUAUUACUGCUCUUUCCGUCUAUUUAUUGUAUUCCAACUGGGCUUAGGAUUGUCAGUAAAUUUAAGGGAUUCUGCCCACCGCUUCCUGCAGAAACCUAUCCUACAUUCCGCUGCCUAAGUUCCCCGCAAAAUUACUCGACCUCACGCACAUCAUGCGGAGGAUAUUUAUGCUGGCCAGUCUAGUUCCCUCUAGAAAUGGGAAGUAUUUUAACCAUACAAGUAAUCAUCCGACGUGUGUAGUAUGAAGUCUAAAAGAGACGCAUUUAUGUCUGGUUAUACUACCUCCUUAUUUUGCCUCAUUUGAUGGUGAAUGAGUCAAACCUUUUCCCCUUAAAGGUGCAUACUUAAGGAGAACAUUGUACAUGUCUGACUUGCAUGUUGGUAGCCUGGACUAGAAUCACAUGUUGUGUUACUUGUGGAAGUGGGGGAUUAAUGAAGUGCUGCCGUGGCAACUGCGUUAGGCCGUAUCUUGUCCUCUGACAUUACUUCCCCCUUACAGCACAUGGGCUCCUGUCUUGGAGGUAAUUUAAACAUCUGUCGCAUCACCUGUGGAUACCACUAAUGUACACACGUGCAAAAGCGCAAAACGGGUCUACUUUUAUUAUUGUCGCAUGUUUACCCCUCAACCAAACUUCACAUAUAACUGGCUUCACUGAAAUCCGACCCAUGUGUCCGCUACUAUCCUUCUUCGUCGUCAAGCUUUAGAUAAUGUCUUUGGCGUAAACGGUGCUACAGGCUGAAAAAGUCUAUCUUUACAUCUUUACGCAUUGUUUAUUGUGUGCAAAUAUGAAACCUCUUAUUGGCAGCUCAAACAAUCGACAGCAAAAACAUGAGUUGCCAAAUUUUUAAAAUUCGGUGGCUCGAACCCAGGCGUUUCACGUUAAGCAUUAUUCACUGUUAGUUUUUGAUAUACACAUAAAAAUACCCAGUUUGAGGCACAAGUUCUCCUCCGGAUGCUCAAACGUUUUCGAUUGCUGGGUAUUUUUCGUCGGUUUUUGUCCUUAAAUACCCUUGUUUAACCUAAUUUGUCCUUUUAAAAUAAUCUGUACUCCUUUUUAGGAUCACAACGGAGUAAUCGAAAAUGCGGAAUUCGAAGGCCUAGUUAAAGACAUAAUAGAGAGCGUCAAAGAUGUAGGUUGCUAAGUGAUUUUGCCCUUCUAAUUUCUUGUUUCACAAUGCUCAAUCUACUAGGCACUCCAGCGACAAUAUGGUAGCAUGUGCUGAGUACUAGCGUGCACUCUAGUAAUCAAAUUUUACAGUUAUCAGUGUUCGCAUUAGCAUGGGUGCCAUGUUGUGGGAGUGUUUCCACAAAAGUCUACGCAUGGCCACGUAUGCUCGUCUUUUCUGUAUGUCUGCGGAACAGGGCAUCGUUUUAUACGUUUCAAAAGCUGCAGCUGUAGUAGUUGACGUCAGCGGCGCUCCUUUCCAUCAAAGACUUUACGCCGUUGAGCAGGGAUUUGGCUCAAUGUUGUUCGACUGACUGAGUCGACGACUAAUGAAAUUUGAUCGCUGACCUGUAACCAAGUUAAUUUGUGCUUCUAAUCAACGGAGACAACUUCUAACGGAGUUUUUACUUCACUUAAUCCAAAGUGCAGUUGUGGGUCUUAACUGAUUCUAAAGUUAAACACUUAUGUAAAGCAACAGCACUAAAUAGGUUUGAAAAGACUCCGACCUAAAUUCAAACGAAGUUAUGUGAUAGCAAGCAACUGAUGAGUGCAAAUUCCGCUUCACAGUUUCAGCUCAUAACUAUUAGGAGAUUCAUAUUGUCUACAGAUAAGCGGAGGUUAUUGCUUUGAAAACUUAACGAUAAUCGGUGGCGGAAAGCUAGUAAAGGCACGGCUAGCUUUCCAAAGUAUCCAAACACCACAAAAAACUCACUGAUUUCCUGCACUAAGAUGACAAACUUCUGAUGUCCAUUUGAUGCGUUUUAAUGAAACAGACUGAUUAACCUUGUCGCAAAAAAUUAACACCACAACAAAUAUUAUACCAAGUCAUGCAUUAUGUAGAGGUAAAAAUUAUGUUCGACUCUUGAUCAGAUCGUACGAAUAAUAAUGGUAACGUCAAAGUGUUUGGCUUCUCUAAGUGAAAUGGAAACCCAAACAUCACAUCAAUCAAACCGAAUUAUCUCGUUCACGUCUUCACUGAAGAUGACAACGAUUUUUAAUACGUUUAGUGCAGGCGAAAACACACUGAAUGGUUGAGUUACACAACUUUUAUAAAAUUUUAAAAGGUAUCUUUAUGUCUCAAAACCAGGAUCGGUCUCUUACAUAAAACACAAGACAAAGAUAUGUCCAGUUUGACAGGGGGGAGACAAAAAGGUCAAACUGUACAAAAUGUUAACGGAGAUGACGUUUCGUUUUCAAAAACGGCCGCGUUUUAUUGUAUCUGACUAUUACCAACCGUUUUAGAGGCAGUCCACUUGUGCUAUUAUAUAUUCGUAGAAAUUCGGGUGCGAAACAUUUUAAUCCUCGUUAACACUACUAGAGUAGUAGCACAUGAGCACUUGUCCAUUGUGAGGCAUGCGCGCCAUUCAUUAGAAUCCGGGUCAUACAAUAUGGCAGGGACAGCCGGACCGCCAUGUCAGGGUGUCACUUUAUGAACUAGACAUCAGAGGUCCAAGUUUCAAUCAGCAACUGACCUACGUGGAGACAGAUUCGCAACAUUAACAUUGUGUUCGCCAGGCUGCAUGAUUACGCAGUUCGAGAAACUUUGAGAGGCGCAACGAGUCAGCAUUUUGCAUGGAAAGUUUGUGCAUCUGAGUUCUGUCAUCUCGAAGAACGGCCUGAAUAAGUGGGCAAAAACGAUGGCGUGUGCUAGCCCAGAAACAGGUAAGGACCUGAGCGAGGACACGGACUGUGAUUACAGUGCUACGCAUUAAUGCAUGACCCUUAUCAUAUAUUCAUCCAGUGUUGCGCUGACGGUCACUUGCUACAGUGUCAUACAUAAACAAAGACUUAGCUAUGCGUUGGAUCCAGUGCGACGGCUGCUCACUUAUAAGCACGUACUCAAUGUUUCCAUCAAAAAGUCUUUUCUAGUGUCCAAAGGCUCAAAGGAUAUUACUGCUGCCCUUUGUGGAACAACAUGCUUCUUUGAAGAGGAAACUGACUAGCUCAUAUUCUUUUUUAAUAGUAACUGAGUUGGGUUGUAUCUUGUUCAUUUUGGCCUUCCAGUUUUUAUCCUACGUCCGUUGUAGAUGUCGUGAGAAAACCGCGUUUAACAAACCGAUUUGCAUUUAUUUUAGAAUUAUGAAUUAAAGGACCUAGAAGAGUAUAAAAAUCUGCUCCUUCAGCAGUGGGAUGAAAAUGCUGAUGGAAAGAUUAGCAAGGAUGAACUGAAGCUGCUUCUUCUACACGACCACGCGACGGCCAUUAAGCAGUAG